GGAUGGACGGACGCCUGCCGCUUGGCUUGCGCUCCUCCUCCUCCUCUCGCCUCGCGUCGCUUCUCCCCCACUCCACUCCCUCGCGGCGCCCUCUGAUCUGAUGCCGGGGAGGCCCUGAUGGCGGCGGCGGGAGCUGGAGCGGGCGGCGGCGGGGGAACCGGGGGCGGGGAGGGGUCCUCCUCCUCCCCGGCGGGCGUCGCGAUCGGGCCCCACCACCACGGGUCCGCGGAAGAGGCCAUGUGGCAAAUGACUUUAGGAGGAGGAGAAUCUAUGGAACAUGGUCCCUUCCCUGAGCGAAUUGGAGAGCCUGACUGUAGUUAUUAUAUGAGGACUGGACUUUGUAGAUUCGGGGCAACCUGCAAGUUCAAUCACCCGCCAAACAGGAAGCUGGCUGUUGCUGCUGCAAGGAUGAAAGGGGAGUAUCCUUAUAGAGUUGGUCAACCUGAGUGUCAAGUGAGUUUUUAGUUUUUAAGUGGCUGCCUAGAUCGUCCUUUGUCUUCAUUUAAAAUUUUGAAACCAUGUGAUGUAC